AUGAGCGCGUGCGCAGUGGCCGCCAUGCGCGAAAAGCACGCGGCACCGCGCCGCCUGGCAUCCCCGCCAUCAUCGCCUCUAGAUCACCACCCCAGCCCACUUGGCUCACCACGGGCCGACGAACCGCUCGACCUCAGAGUCACUCACAAGCGUCCCCAGCGGCUCGAAGAUGAAAACUGCAACCUGAUUACACCGUCACCGCCACCACACCCCACACACCCAGCACAUCCAGCUCAUCCAGCGCACCCAGCGCUCCUGCAAUUCUGCAGAAGGCUACCCCUAGCAUUGCCAGCGUCAUUCGGACGUUACCCCUUUCUUCCAGCAGCGGCUGCGACACUCCUCACACCUGGAGCCCCUAGACCGCCACCGCUGCCCCAGAACCCUGGUGUGAACAGAGCGCGGGACCGCUACACGUGCUCUUACUGUGGUAAAGCAUUCCCUCGUAGUGCUAACCUAACCAGACACUUACGGACGCAUACUGGUGAACAGCCGUACCGGUGCAAAUACUGUGAAAGGUCGUUUUCAAUAUCGUCAAACUUACAACGGCAUGUAAGAAAUAUCCACAAUAAGGAGAGACCGUUUCGCUGUCGUCACUGUGACAGAUGUUUCGGCCAACAGACGAAUUUAGACAGGCAUCUGAAGAAACAUGAGGCCGAGAACGGGGACGACAGUCGCAGGAGAUCCCCAGAAGAGACGUACUUCGAAGAGAUUAGAUCGUUUAUGGGCAGAGUAGCACCCGCGCGGCGAACGACAGCCGCCGCUGCUGCGAGCGCAGCAGAUCACACUUGA